AUGAUUACUCGUGGUUUUUCUCUAGCUGCCGAUCGUGCAAAAAAGGAAGAGGACACGGUGUCAGCUAGAGAAUACUAUUGUUACAGAUUUCAAAUGAUGGACAGUGAUGAUUCGAUGUUGUUGCACUCACUUAGAUUGUUGCAACAAUAUGCAGUGGAUGGUUACGUUAAGAUUGAGACUUCUAGGCUUGACUUUCAUAGAAAUCGGCAAAACAACAUUCGUUCGGAGGCCCUCCAAGGAAUCCUAGACAGUAUUUGUAUAGGCCACACGAGUGCUUCUAAAGUUGGCCGUCGAACGAUAUUGCCAGCUUCCUUUAUAGGUGGACCAAGGGACAUGAGACGCCGAUAUCUUGAUGCAAUGUCCCUUGUGCAAAAGUAUGGAAAACCAGACAUCUUUCUUACUAUGAACUGCAACCCAGCAUGGAAGGAAAUUCAGGACAAUUUAAAGUACCAUGAGAAACCUCAGGAUAGGCCAGAUCUUCUAGCUAGAGUCUUUCGGGCUAAAUUUGAAUUGCUUAAAUCAGAAGUUGUAAACAAGCAAAUUUUUGGUGAAGUCGCAGCGUAUGUCUAUGUGAUAGAGUUCCAAAAACGUGGCUUCCCACAUGCUCAUCUGCUAUUAAUUUUGAAGCCUGAAUACAAACUCCUGAAUCCUGAGUCAUACGAUAGAGUCGUCUCUGCUGAAAUACCUGAUCGUUCUAAGCACCCUCAUCUAUAUUCUCUUGUUGUGAAGCACAUGAUUCAUGGUCCUUGUGGCGAUCUCGAUAGAAGUUGUCCUUGCAUGAAAAAUGGUUAUUGUAAAAAUCACUAUCCUAAGAGCUUUUGUUCCCAAACAACUCAUGCCGAGGAUAGCUAUCCGCAAUAUAGGAGAAGAGAUGAUGGUUCAAAAAUAAAAGUCCGGAGGCAUACUCUUGACAACAGAUGGGUUGUGCCUCAUAGCCCUUAUCUGUUAGCUACAUUUGACUGUCACAUUAAUGUAGAAAUUUGCUCAACUGUUAAAUUGGUGAAGUACAUGUACAAGUAUGUUUUCAAAGGACAUGAUUCUGUCAGUUUUAGGAUAGUUUCGCACCAUGCUCCUGAUGAUACUGAUGAAAUAAGAGAAUUUCAGCAAGGUCGAUGGAUUUCGCCCCCUGAGGCAUUUUGGCGCAUCUUUGAAUUCCGCUUAAGCGAAAUAAGUCCAGCAGUCUAUACUCUUCAGGUACAUAUUCCGGACCAGCAGUUUGUUUCGUUCGACAAAAAUUCGGACCUGCUGCAAUUAUUGAGCAGAGUUGAUUUUUCAAAGACCAUGUUAACCGAAUUUUUUUAUAUGAACAAAACGAAUGUGGUUGCACAGAAUCUUAAUUGCCUUUACAAGGAUUUCCCUCAACAUUUUGUUUGGUCUCCUAAAUAUAAGAAAUGGUCUGAAAGGAAGCGUCGAAAAGUAAUAGGUAGGAUGGUUACUGUUAGUCCAGCAGAUGGAGAAAGAUACUACCUUAGACUUCUUCUGAAUCAUGUUCAUGGACCCACUUCCUUUGAUCAUGUUUUGCUGGUUGCUAAUCAAAAGCUGAAUUCCUUUAGAGAAGCUGCUUUAGCAUUAGGACUUUUGCAAUCUGAUACUUACAUAGAGGAUACGCUUCAGGAAGCUAUUACCAGCGGCAAUCCUCAUUUUCUGUCCUUAAUGCUUCGGACAUCGAGACAAGAGCUCUACAAGACAUUAACAGAUCGUUGGAACAAAUGGGAAAGCGAAUUACUGAUUACCAAUUAG